GCUACGGCAGUGACGUAUGCGGAUGUCCCAGAAUGCCGCUGUGUGCCAGCGCAGCAGUGAUCAAUGAUCAGCAGUAACAUUACAUUAUUGAGAAAGAAAUGAACAGUAAACGAGACUGAUCAAUUACCGAUGAGUUAGUUAUACAUUAGACACGCGGAGUGACUCUUUUUUACGUCAUCAGUCUGUGUGUGUCACGUCAAUGAAAUCCGGCUAGAGAUCAUUCUCAUCGUAAUCUUCAUUAUUAUUAUUAUAACGUUAACUGAUCAAACACACGUACGCGAGCAAUGGCCAGUCCCAGAACAAGACGCGUGCUGAAGGAGGUGCGCACAGAAGAUGAAAAUAAUGUGUGUUUCGAGUGUGGUGCAUUUAAUCCGCAGUGGGUGAGUGUUACGUAUGGUAUCUGGAUCUGUUUGGAAUGUUCGGGCAAACACAGAGGCCUCGGCGUCCAUCUCAGCUUUGUACGAUCAGUCUCAAUGGACAAAUGGAAGGACGUUGAGCUGGAGAAGAUGAAAGCUGGAGGAAACGGAAAGUUUCGUUUGUUUCUCGAGCUGCAAGGCGACUAUGAUCCCAGUUGGAAUUUACAGGAAAAAUACAACAGCAAAGCUGCUGCUCUUUUCAGAGACAAGGUGGCCACUCUUGCUGAAGGAAAUGAAUGGUCUAUUGAGAAUUCCCCUGCUCGUGAUUGGACGCCUCCUCAAGCAAAGACAGGCCUGAGCUCCGCCCACCGGUCCAGCGGCGGGGUGGCUCAGAAUAACGCUCGCUCCACUGAUAAAGCCUUUGAGGACUGGCUAACAGAUGAUGUCAACUCUUAUCAAAAUGCUGGAGGUUGUGGGCCGCAGGAGAAUCGAUACGUGGGUUUCGGUAACACUCCAAACCCACCCAAGAAAGAUGAGGACUUCAUUAAUAACGCCAUGUCCUCCAUCUACUCGGGUUGGAGCAGUUUCGCUGUUGGAGCCAGUAAAUUUGCAUCUGUUGCUAAAGACAGUACCUCAAAACUGGCCGGCCAAGCCACUCUGAAGUUACGUGGUUAUAAGCCUCCCCCUGAGCCGGCUGCAGAAUUGGGUCAAACAAUAAAUGAAUCUGUUAUCAAACCCACACAGGAGAAGGUGAAGGAAGGAAAGUUAUUUGAUGAAAUGGCCGUCAACAUCACAGGUCUGGCCACAAAGGUUCAGGGUGCCGGUGCGAAGGGCUGGAAUGAUGUGACGUCAUUCUUCAGUGGAAAACCAGAUGCCGCCGAUGAUGGUUCUGCAUAUCAGGAAGGUUAUCAGAGCAAAGAUUCCUGCAGUAGUCAGGAUGCCGGAGGUUGUAAGCAGGAUUUCUGGGAGACUUUCGGCAGUAACUCUGCUCUCAGCAGCGCCUCUGUGCAGAAGAACAGUAGUGCAGACGGCUGGGAGAGCUGGGACAACGACUGGGACAAGAGCACCAAGAAUCCCUCCAAACCUGCUGAAGAGACCUGGGAUAACAGCGGCUGGUAGAUGAACAACACGCUCGCUGUGUAAUGCUUGUGUAACUCUUGUGAAGUGUGUUUGUUGUGUCUCUGGACGUCGUCUUCAGUGUGCUCAGAGUUUGAGUGGAUCUUCACCUGCUUUUCCUCUAGAGUUCAUAAACAUGUUUUUGAUGGAAACCCGUUCAUUUAUUAACACUGUUCACAGUAUACCAGCAGUCGUUCAUAAGCAUGAGGUAUUGACUUUUUUUUUUUAUUUUUAGAUCCGUUUUUUUUUUACUUUGGUGGGCUUAUUUUGUUUCUAUCACAGUCCUUCUCCUCAUAAAAACAUGAUUUAAAUCAAGAACAAAGCAUGGAAAGGCCCGUGAGCUCAUGUGGCAAAGAGCAGUUCGUUUUUUAUUCCCUAUAUAACAGUACUCUUGGGUUGUUUGCUGUAUUUUUAUUGUAAAAUACACCCUUGAUGGGCUAUAUGAUAUUUAAUAUUGGCAUUAUUACAUACCAUGGACAUGCUCUGUGUCCCAGAUGUGUAUUAUUUGAUGAGACAUCUGGACGUACUGACUGUACCAUCUUGUUCCGUGGUGAAGCCAGAACACAACACAUGUUGUGAUGAGUGACAGCUUCUUCUGAUAAAUGCUAUAAUAAAGUCUAUUCAAUGACA